CCGCCCCCGCUCGGGGUGGGGGGCUGCGGAGGGGAACCGUCGGGGCCGCACGUUUCAUCCGCAUUACGUGCACGAAUAGCGGGGGCGCAGCCAGCGGGGCUUGUGUAACUUGUGCGAGCGUGCCAGCGAGUUUAAAGUCCCUGCUCCAACUCCUGCUGCUCCUCCUUCCUCGCUGCAGACGACCGAGCGGGACGGCGAGAGGCUGACUGCUCGCUGCCGCUUCGCUUUGCAUCCUUCAUCUAUAAAUACAGCGGGGAAAGACAGUCUCUCCUGGGUUCCCUGCCGUCGGUUCGAGCAGCCCGAUGGCACCGCCCGGCUACCGCAGCGCCUGAGCAUCGCAUUUCGCUCCGCAUUUCGCUCCGCUCGGCCUCCCCCUCUUCUUUCCCCCCUCCAGUCCCCGUCCUCUCCCGUUUCUCUCCCCACCCUCGUUCCCCGGACAGACGAGACGAUGCGCUUUGCUCCGUCGGGUUUGCUGCUCGCCCAGCUUCACGCCUGCAUCUUUUGGAGCGGGUUGUAUCCCGUCGGCUGCCAGCCGCCCCCCGCCGCCUGGAGGCAGCGCAUCCAGUGGGAGAACAACGGGCAGGUGUACAGCCUGCUAAGCCAGGGGGCUCAAUACCAGCCCCCCCGACGCCGGCAGGCGGUUGAACCGGCCAGCAGCCCCGUGCUGCUGCUCCGAGGGAACGGCUCUGUGCCUCGGACCGCCGCCGCCCGGCCCCAACCCGACCCCCAGCCCCAAACCCAGCCUCAAACCCGGCCACGGUCCCAGCCCGGCGGCAGCCGGGGUUCGGGGGCUCGGCAUUGGUUCCAGGCCGGUUAUCAGGCUCCCUCCGGUGGUCGUACAGCCGCCAACCCAUCCGCGACGGCACCUCGGUCCGGCGGUACCGGAGAUGAGAGCGAGCGGAGCACCGGAGGGCUGCCCGCACCCAGCGGUCUGCGGGCCGGCCGGGAGGAUAUGAUGGUGGGCGACGACCCCUACAACCCUUACAAGUAUACGGAUGAUAACCCCUAUUACAACUACUACGACACCUACGAGAGACCACGACAGGGCAGCAGGUACCGGCCCGGCUACGGCACCGGCUACUUCCAAUACGGUCUGCCCGACCUCGUCCCGGAUCCCUACUACAUCCAGGCGUCCACGUACGUGCAGAGGAUGUCCAUGUAUAACCUGCGAUGCGCCGCCGAAGAGAACUGCCUGGCCAGUUCAGCUUACCGAGCGGAUGUUAGAGACUAUGAUAACCGAGUGCUCCUGAGAUUCCCUCAAAGAGUGAAAAACCAAGGAACUUCAGAUUUCCUACCGAGCAGACCUCGUUAUUCCUGGGAGUGGCACAGCUGUCACCAGCAUUAUCACAGCAUGGAUGAAUUCAGCCACUAUGACUUGUUAGAUGCAAGCUCGCACAGAAAAGUUGCCGAAGGACACAAAGCAAGUUUCUGCCUUGAAGAUACCUCCUGUGAUUACGGGUAUUACAGACGGUACGCGUGUACAGCGCACACACAGGGAUUGAGUCCUGGCUGUUACGACACCUACAAUGCUGACAUAGAUUGCCAGUGGAUUGAUAUCACAGAUGUGAAACCUGGAAACUACAUUCUGAAGGUCAGUGUAAACCCCAGUUAUUUGGUACCUGAAUCUGAUUACUCCAACAACAUAGUACGCUGUGAUAUACGCUAUACCGGCCACCACGCAUAUGCCUCUGGCUGUACAAUUUCACCAUACUGAGAGAGAUGCGAGAAAAUGGAUGAGACGGUGCCAAAUGUUUUGACCUGAAGUAUCACUAUAUAAAAUUUUCCGUAGGAUGUAAACAGUAUAGAAGCAAAACUACAGAACAUACACACGUACGCCCACACACACCAACGUGACUUUUGAAGCACGUCGGCUGCUUCUCAGCAAAAUCCGAAGCUGGGUUUUAAGCAUUUGAAUUGGCAUUAUGUUUUAUGACUAUUGAAACGUGUGGAUCUGGUGACCGAUAUUCUAAAUUUUGAAAUAUUAACUCAUUUGCACAAAAAACAAACAAACAAAAAACCAACAAAGAACAAAAAAACAACCAAAAACAAAUCCAAAACCAAAACAAAACCUAAAAAAGAGCAUUUUUUUAACUCCUGCAAAUUUGGAGUUCAGGUGAUGAUAGAUAGACUUCAGUCAGAAUAUUACUGGUGAACGAGUUGAGCAUAUUCUAAAAGGUAGCGAAUCUUUCUGUAAAAUGAAUUAGGUAAAACGCAAUAGGAAGUACUAACGCCAGCAUCUCAGAAAGCACCAGGAUGAAAAAACUGCUUGAGAGUGAUUCCUUUGUAACCAUUCAAGCAAAACUUGCUGGGACAUGUUGAUAACGAAUGAGAAAAGUAUGUUCAGUUUUCAAGGGAUAUUAACAUAUAGCAGAGAAAUACAUAUAUCUAUAUCUAUCUAUCAGUUAUACCCCUGCAAGGAAAGUUAUGUUUACAUUUUUAAUACGUUAGAAGUGUUACCAUUUUUCUUAAGUCAAAAGCAGAUGGGGUUUUGAAAGAAGCCUUUCAUCCAUAGGAACGAAUUAAAGAACUAAUCCACCUUUGUACGUUGAAGAGAUCUUUCAAGGUGGGGCUUUUAAAAGACUUCCGCACACAAUGUGGAUAGAAAUGAUUACCUGUCAAGAGGAGGGCUCACGGAGAUGAUGGAGAGUCCCUGGCGUAGUCAUCUGUGAGGAACAGACCAUUGGAACAGGUUAGCCAUCAGAACAGUGCAGGCAGUUAACUAACUAACUUGGAUGGCGCCACAAAAUAAAAGCAGGUCAGAAUCUCUAACGUGCUAUUUUCAUUGUGAGAAAGCCAAAUGCCUACUUCCCCCUUAAGUACUGCAUUUGGCUGUUAAAAUUUCUAUCUAUCUCAGAAUUCAACCGUCGAAAUUGAAAAUAUAGAGGGAGAACAAAAGCAAAUACAUUAAGCAUCCUAACUAAGGCUGUCCAGGACUCAAACAUUGUUAAGGGGAAAAACUUCCAGCCCACAUCAAAUUGUUUUUCACUGAUCUUCUUACUGGUGCUGGGUACACCACCCCUCCUCCCAUCCCCAAAUCAUUUUGCUUUUGCAGUGCACCCUGCUGUAAGCUACAGUAGCUGUGAUGUUGUUUUUUAAACUGUGAAAUAACGUUAUCACAAGGGGAUCUCGUGCUUCCUUUCGGAAGAUUUCAGAUCAUGUAAAAUGAAGGAUCUACUUUUGAAACCAUGACCUGGAAGUACUGAUUGGUAUUGGUUAUGUUUAAGCAGCAGUUCCAAAUACCUAACGAAAAGAGAAACCUCAGUAUCACAUAUAUGUUUAUAUAUAUAUAUAUGUGUGUAUAUAUAUAUAAAAUACAUGUGUUGUUCAGUAUAGUUGAAGAAGGGAAAAAUUCUGAGGAAUCUGUAAGGUUUUUGAUCUCUGCUGAGAAUACUUCAGGUAGUAUUUGGAAGUAUUUUAUGCAAUAGAACCCUAUGAAGUCUAUUUGGAAGUUUUAUCCAUUGUCAUGAUAACCGUUAAGGAUCUUUACUGCAUGUAUUUAUUUCAGGACGAUGAAGUACUUCCACCUUAAUCAUGACUAGGUUAUGCUUGUACAGCUAGUUGGUAUGCUGAAAAAGCAUCGCAGAACCAACAGCCCCUUUCUCAAUACCCAAUGUUUGAAGCGUGUCCUGAAUGCAGUUUAGACUGCAGGUCCCUUUUUUGUUUGUUCAGGUCCCUUUUUUGUUCGAUCCAUUUUAGCAAUCGGUUACCACUGUGGGCCCCAAACAGGAGCAAAAUUUGGAAACCAGAUUUCUUAGGAAGCCAUUUGUUACACGUGUCUGCAAAGCCUGGCUCAAGCUUAGGCUUCUGAAAUCUCAGCUCAAAGAGUCUUUAAGAUUAAGGUUUAAGAGAUGCAAUUGCAUUCACCUUUCUAGAAACUUAGGUCAGAAUUGGGGUGAAAGUCCUGGCAGCAGCUUGUGAAAUAGACACACAAGCUACUACUGUAAGGGAAGCUAAGCUGUGGUGGGCACAGACUGCUUCCUGGUAAGAGGUGGUGUGCUCUUACUUCAUGGUGCUUGACACUGAAUGUGGGAUAAGAGAGUGCUAACUGGACACAGAGCAGCUGAGGAGUCUCCCUCAGUUUUCAAGGCAGUACCCUGCUUGCAUAUCUAUAUCCAAACUGCUUGCAGAGUUCCACUGAGAUCAGCAAGAAGCCAGAGGAGCUUAAGCAUCCUGUGUAGGUGGAGCAUGUUGUAGUACUGGAGUUGGACCUUUCAGUGGGAAACGGCCUGGUUUGGAAAGGUGCUGAACGCCAUAACUGAGUAUUGGGGAUAUUGUGGUUACAGAGAUGUAGCUCUUUUCCGUAGCAAAAUGUUCUUAUUUGUUUUAAAGUAUAUGUUAAGGAACGUUAACAGUAAUGUACAAUAGCACAAACGUUGCCUGAGAUAACACGAACAAUCUAUCUAGAAAAGCAAGAGAUUUUAGGAUUAAAAAAAAUGAAGAAAUGUGACUUUAACUUACCCUAUUUAACUAUAGUUAAUCACAAUGCAGUAGAAGAGUUGAUCAUAUAGCAAGUGUAGAAGCAUUUCUAAAUAGGGGAGUACCAGCCAGUAUCUUCAGUAUCUCGGCUUUGCAGUUUUGACCCAGAUAUUAUCUUAACUAUUUUCAUACUGGAAUAUAUUUAAGAAAUUACAUGCGUUUUCUUUUGUUGUUGUUGUUGAAAACCAUUUAUAAAAACCAGUUUUGAUAACAUCUUAUUAUACAAAACAAAUUCUGUUUCGGAACCCUUUCUAGUAGGUGCUUGAGGAGGAGUCACACUGGGAGCAAUACCAGGCAACCUGCAGUACAAAAUCAAUGCCGUGUAGUCUCAGGUUUUCUUUAAAACAUGAGAACGUAGAAUACACGUGUGAAGCAAUUGCCUCCCACGUUUCAGGUCAGAAAGGGUUCGUUAAAUGGUUUUUUUUUUUAAUCCUGAAAUAUAUUCAGCGUUCAAAUACUGCUAGACAAAAACGGGACAGAAAUGACAGAUUGGUCACCAUCUGAACCAGCAUAUUGUGUAGAUGUUUUUGUGUUGAUGAAAGUCUACUCGGUUUUCUCUCUGCUCCAAAGUUUACUAUGCAGCGUUGAAUGGGUGCAAACACCAAACGUACCGUAGUCAUGUACGUGUUGUUUGUACUGUACUCAUUCAAACCAGCAGGGUGAAUUUCAUACAUGAGACAACUAAAGGUGGUUUUAUCCUGUGUCUCACAUUUAUGCUGACAUGGCAUUUUUUCAUUUUCUCCAAAUCCUAGAAGGUGCUGAAAGGUUUUAACUUGAAUUAAAACCAAAGAAUAUGUUAUGGGGAGGUUUCUAUUAUGCAACUAACUGCUACAGAUUCAGUGAAAUGCCACUUGUUUUUGCAGCUUUUUUGAAGUUUUCAUUAUUUCCUUCACUUUUCUUCCAAGAGUCUUGACUUCAGAAAAAACUUUGCAUCUUUAUCUGAUGAGUUCUUAUUUAUAAUAUUCAGACACUAGCUUUGUAUUCUUUAUUGCACUUUCAUAUUCUUGUGUUACAUGCCCGUAUUAUGGUUGCAAGUUUAUGUGAAAAUGACUUGAAUAAAAUUUUUCAAGCGUUC